CUUCCGGGAGCGGGGCCGUCCCGCCGCCAUCUUGGGCGGGCUCCGGGGCUGCGGCGGCGGCGGCGGCGGAGCGGGUCCCUCCAUGGGAAGAUGCAGCGGGCGGGGCCGGAGGAGGCGGCGAGGGCGCAGGCGGCGGCGGGGGGGCCCGGGCGGAGCGGGGCCGAGGUGGCGGCGGCCCCCGCCGGGCGGCUCCUGAGGCGGGAGCUGCGGCUGCUCGAGUCCAUCUUUCACCGCGGCCACGAGCGGUUCCGCAUCGGCAGCGCCUGCCCGGACGAGAUCAGCUGCGAGUUCGUCCCGGGGGCCGGCGCCCGAGCCGGCGCCUCCGCCUCCCGGGGGCCGCCGCCGGGACCCGUCCGUAUUCACUGCAACAUCACGGAGUCUUAUCCAGCUGUUCCCCCAAUAUGGUCUGUGGAGUCAGAUGAUCCCAACCUGGCAGCUAUCCUGGAGAGGCUGGUGGAAGUCAGGAAAGGAAAUACGUUGCUUUUGCAGCACCUGAAGCGAAUAAUCUCUGACCUGUGCAAACUCUACAACCUCCCCCAACAUCCAGAUGUUGAAAUGCUGGACCAGCCUCUGCCGGCAGAACAGAGUACCCAGGAAGAGGUGUCCUCUGAAGAGGAAGAUGAAGAGAUGCCAGAGGACACUGAGGACUUGGACCACUAUGAGAUGAAAGAGGAAGAGCCGGCAGAUGGGAGGAAGACAGAGGAUGAAGGCAUUGGGAAAGAAAACCUGGCCAUUUUAGAGAAAAUAAAAAAGAACCAGAGGCAAGAUUACUUAAAUGGUGCAGUGUCUGGGUCUGUGCAGGCCACUGACUGGCUAAUGAAGGAGCUCAGGGAUAUUUACCGAUCACCAAGUUUCAAGGGCGGAUACUAUGCAGUUGAACUAGUGAAUGACAGCCUGUACGAUUGGAACGUCAAACUCCUGAAGGUUGACGAGGACAGCGCUUUGCACAACGAUCUCCAAAUCCUCAAAGAGAAAGAAGGAACAGAUUUCAUCCUCCUCAACUUCUCUUUUAAAGAUAACUUUCCUUUUGAUCCACCAUUUGUAAGGGUUGUAUCCCCGGUGCUGUCAGGGGGGUAUGUUUUGGGUGGCGGUGCCAUCUGCAUGGAGCUGCUUACGAAACAGGGCUGGAGUAGUGCCUACUCCAUCGAGUCGGUGAUCAUGCAGAUCAGUGCAACGCUGGUGAAAGGGAAAGCGCGAGUACAAUUUGGAGCCAACAAGAACCAGUACAGCCUGACAAGAGCACAGCAGUCCUACAAGUCCCUGGUUCAGAUCCAUGAGAAGAAUGGCUGGUAUACACCGCCCAAGGAGGAUGGCUAAUGUGGAUGCUGCAGGACCAAUCUGAAUAUCUUCUGGAUGCUCUACUUGGAUCUUAGUGAUGCCUCUUGGCUUUCUCCCAGGAUGUAAUAGCUCUGCCUGUUGCAGGACAAUACUGGCUGUUCAAAACUCUAAAUAACUGUUUAAGGAGUUGGACUGACCCAGAACACUUGAUGGGCCCAUGCUAGCAGGCAUUCUUGUUAAAACAAACUCUUGAGCCUCUUGUAUUGCUGGAAACUUUUGACUCUACUCCAGUCUAGAGCAUCCUCCUUACCUAUGCUAUGGAUUUAAUUUAUUUUCUUAUUUCAUGUACACUGCUUUUUUUUGUUACGGUGUAUGAUGGAUGUGUAUGGAAAAUGUAUCUUUGGAGAAAAAUUACAGUUUGUUAAUUUGA